ACGGCGCGAAAACCCAAUUGACAAGAACUCCCGCCGAAGCCCCACGGCCCGGCUUGCCUUUGGUGUGCGGCGUCCACUGCGACCCAGGCUCGAGCGCUUAGCCUGGAGCGCCCGUCCCGGCGGGCACCGUGCACCGUCCGGCCACCCCCGCGGGGCCCGUGCCCGCGCUUUCUCCACGCCUCUGUCCGAGCCUGCCUCGACCGCCCUGGGCCCAGGCUCGCACUCGGCGUCCCGGCCCUCGGGCGCUCGGGGACUCGAGCGGGAGCCCCGGGGUCCUCAGCUUGCUCCCCACUGGGACCAGCCGCCUCCAUGGGCUCCAGUCAGGCUGGGCCGGCCCGCUGGAGGUCCUAGGGGCCGCGGUUCUUAGGAGGCAGGUAUCAUGGUGGGGGUCCUGACUAUGGCGGCGGCCGCAGCUCCCCCUCCGGUGGAGGAGGACUUCGAGAUUGAGCCAUGCAAGAAGCGGAGGAAAGAUGAUGACAGCUCUUCCUGUGAAACAAUUACCAAAUAUUUAUCACCAAUAGCGAAGACUGGAGACAAGGCUUUCUCUCCACCAAAACCCAGUAAUAUUCUACAUUAUUUUAGAAAGACUUCACCCACAAAGGAGAAGCUGCAAUCAACAAAGGAGUGCAAGGUAAAGCCAUCUCCCCCACUGGCUGUGGGCAAAGACUGUAAGACAACUUUGGAAGUGUUCUCAAGUACCGAGUUUAAGAAGAAAGGAAAGAGAGUUAAUGUAUCCCACCAACCGAAUGAUAUUAAAACUGAGAAUGAGUCUCCAGUUGAAAUGCGUAAGGGUGAUAGUCAGGAGGACUGUGGUCUAAGCGCUUUUGUGGAAACCACUACUCCUGUUUUCCUUUACAGGAAACAUGUGGAGGUUCUUGCAGAAAGCAUCCAAGAUAGCAGAAAUCAGUUGAAUACUGUGGCCUCCAAAAACAAUUCCAAGAAAGUAAAUCCUAAACAAGGCACGACAAAAAAUGAUGGCAAAAAGUUGAGAAAAAGGAAGCACAGCGAGAUCAUGGAUCUCUCUGAAAGUCUACCCUUGGCAGAUGAAGCGAGCCUGCUUAGGAGAGGGGGUAAAGACAGUAAAGACAGUAACCCUUCCCUAACUGACGAAAAUGAGAGCACUGCAAAUCAUGUGGACUCCAGGGCUCAUGCAACCAAAACAGCUGGUUUAAACAAGAGGACAGUAACUGUCUCCUAUGAGGAAUUUUUAAAAAGUCACAAGGCAGCUAAUGUGGAAGAGCUACCUGACCCUGUGGUGCUAGCUUCUGUUCCUUCAGCGCCUGGUGAAGCAGUUAAAAGUGGCUCUGAGGGGGAAUCUGAGAGCUGGGAGCUGUCUCCGCAGGCACACCUUAAGACAGUUACUGUUCUUGCACAAGUUCACCCCACUCCGCCCAGAAAGAAGAGGAGAAUACCCCCCAUUUUCUUGAAACAGAAACAGCUUGAGCUGGAGAGUAGUCUCUCUGACCCAGAGAAUGAGCAGACAACUCAGAAAAGAAAAUCGAAUGUUGUGGUCCAGGAGGGCCACCUAGAGCUGGCUGUGCUGGAAGCUGGGAGCACCGGGGCUUCCAUUCCCAAGUGCAGCAUGGAGGAGAGACAGCAGUUCAUGAGAGCAUUCAGGCAGGCACCGUCGGAAACACUAAAAAAUGGGCUCAAGAAACCUUUGGAGAAGCAGAAAGACCCAAGUGAAAAAUCUGAAAAUGAAGGAGGUAACAGUUCUGAAAAUAGCAAAGAAAAUCCUAAUAUUCAAACAGUUUUAAAUCAAGGCAUUUCACAGGCACAUGCUGAAAAAACAAGUUUUCCUAAGGAGAAAGGUAAAAAGCCAAAGAACAAGGGUAAGAAAAUGUUAGGCACUGUGACCACUCCAGGUGGAAACAGAGAAAACAUGCAAAAGGAAAAAAUAGCCUUUUCCUUAAAAGGUAAGCAGAAGCAAAAUAGCCCUCGAAGGAGUGUAAGACAGAAGUCGGAAGUUUUCGAAAGCAAUACAUUACUUAGCAGUGAGGAUAUGGCAUGCGACUCUCUAAAAAUGUCUCUGUGUGACAGAAAUAAAUCAAGAAGAGGCAGCACAUCAGCCAGGGGUGUGGUUACACAUUCCAAACCCGAGCCUGGAAGCAGGCCUGCCAACAUCUCCACACCCAAACCAACCAGGAGAUCUGUACGAGGUAGCAGCACACCACCCAAAGUCACCGUCAGAGGUACUGAAUCUGAGGAUGUCCAGGACACUACUCCAGUGAAGGCUUCCACUCCAAAAGCAGCCAGCGUGUCAGAAAAGCACAUGCUGUAUACAGCAGAGUUAAUAACAAUACCCUCAGAUUCGGAGAGCCCCAUUAGAAUGAAAUUCACUAGAAUUAGUACUCCAAAAAAAUCUAAGAAAAAAUCCAAGAAAAGAUCCAAGAAAUCAGAAACAACUGAGGGAGAGCUCACUGCUCAGAAGAGAAAGGCAAACAGUACUUCAAAAAGUAUAUCAAAAGCAAAACAACUGAUUGAGAAAGCAAAAGCUUUCCGAGUCAAUGGGUCAGAGGCUGAGGAAACAGUGGUCCCAUUGAGGCGGUCCUCCAGGCACCUGACACUUCCUGAAAGGGGGAAGUCACCAGAGACAGACGACUCUGUGAUACUAAUAGAUUCAAGUCCAACUUCUAUAAAGCAACCAGAGAAAAAUCAGAAGAAACUUCAGAAUCUGAAUGAUGUACUAGGAAAAAAUCUUAACAAGCCUUCUAAACGUAGCCCUGGAAAAAUGAAAAUUGCUCCUUUAUUUCGUGCCAAAAAGACUAAAAGAACAGCCAUUCCUGUCUUUGAUUUGGAUGACAGCAGUCAAGACUCAUCAGAACAAACUCAUGAUUGUGAUGUACAAUUUAAAGCAAAGCGUGAUUUCCUAAUGAGUGGUUUGCCAGACUUACUGAAACGACAGAUUGCAAAGAAAGCUGCUGUUUUAGAGUCAUACAAUGCAGUGAGUACCAGUUUCCAGAGGGCUGUCCACGUGCAGCAGAAGGAUGGCAAAUAUUGGUUAUGGCAUUUGAAGCCACCUUCUUGUCCUCUGUUAACUGAAUGUAAGGAAUUAAAUACUAAAGUAACAAAUCUCUCAAAAUGUGUUGUUGCUCUUGGUGAAUUUUCAACCUUGAAUCCCAGUCCAAGAAGUAAAUCUGCUGUUGUGUUGAUGAGAACAAGGAAGGAUUUUACUAAAGAAGUAAGAAAUCUUUUGCUGGAGGAAAUAAAGUGGUCAAAUCCUGAAUUUUCUUUGGGGAAAUAUUUUCCAUUUCUUCUAAAAAAACGAAUUGAGCACCAGGUACUUUCUGAGGGUCAAGGUAAACAAGCAAGUCCACAGCAACAGCCUGAUGCCAGUCAAAAGGAAACAAAAAGGAAACGCAUGGAAAUGGGAAAUCAAAAGUCAAAAAGAAAGAGACCAAAUGAAUAUUCAGUGAGCCCAGAAAAGAUAAAGGGGAACUUGGAAGAACUUGACAAAGGAAUCAGCUCUUCUGGGAUAAAUCUAGACUCUUCCAAAGAUUCUGGAACUGAAGACAUGCUUUGGACAGAAAAGUACCAGCCUCAGAAUUCGAGUGAACUCAUAGGCAACGAGCUGGCUGUCAAAAAGUUACAUAGUUGGUUGAAGGACUGGAAAAGAAGAGCUGAACUGGAAGAAAAACAGAAUUUGAAGGGAAAAAGAGAUGAAAAACAGGAAGAUUUGUCGGGUAGCAUGGACUUUAAAGGCAGUUCAGAUGAUGAAGAGUAUCGCCUUUGCAACACGAUUCUCAUAACAGGGCCGACAGGAGUGGGGAAGACUGCCGCCGUGUAUGCGUGUGCUCAGGAGCUCGGGUUUAAGAUAUUUGAAGUGAAUGCCUCUUCCCAGCGAAGUGGUAGGCAAAUCCUGUCUCAGCUGAAGGAAGCUACCCAGUCCCAUCAAGUAGAUAAACAAGGUGUCAACUCACAGAAACCCAGUUUCUUUAAUAACUACAGCAUUGGCAAGUCACCAAAAAAGUUAAACUCCCCUGGGAAAGUUGUUACAUCACCAAGGAAGCUUCCUCCAUCAUCACCAAAAAGAAGUGGGCAGAAGCGAGCACUUCCCCCUAAAACUUUGGCAAAUUACUUUAAAGUAUCCUCCAAAUCAAAAAGUCAUGAAGAAGUGGGAGCACUCAUGGGAAAUAAUAAAGGAAUCAAAAAUUCUUUGGAACAGAGGCAAAUUAUUCAGACUAAAUCAACAAAUGCAAAUAAUUCAAAUAUUAAAGAUUUUGGAGUUGAAGAAUCCAGCAGAAAGAAUGCAACAUCUCUCAUUCUCUUUGAGGAGGUUGAUGUCAUUUUUGAUGAAGAUGCUGGGUUUUUGAAUGCAGUCAAAACAUUCAUGGCAACAACUAAACGACCAGUAAUUCUUACAACAAGUGAUCCUACAUUUAGCUUAGUGUUUGAUGGCUGCUUUGAAGAAAUCAAUUUCAGUAUUCCUUCCCUGCUAAAUGUUGCCAGCUAUCUACAAAUGAUCUGUUUAGUUGAGAAUUUCAGAACAGACUUAAAAGACCUAGUAACCUUGUUGACUGCAAAUGGUUGUGACAUCAGAAAAAGUAUCCUUUACUUACAGUUUUGGAUUAGAAGUGGAGGUGGAAUUUUAGAAGAAAAACCUUUGUCACAUUGUCGAGGAAAUAGUAGAAAUGUACCGGUUUGCCCUGAAGAUGGCUCUGAUGUAAAAAUUAACUCUAAACACGCCAAAAGGAACCAUGUAGCCAUCCCCAGAUGCGACACCGGCUGUUCAGAGGCUUUGUUUGGACUCAAGAACAUUGCCUACCCAGCCCGAGACUUACUUUCCUUGUUAAAGCACGAGAUCACAACAAAGGAAGAAUGGGAUAAACUCACCCAGCUUCUCACAGAGUUCCAUAUGCAAAACAUAGAUGUGCUAUACAGCAAUCUUGAGUUCAUCCUGCCACUGCCAGUUCAUGUUAUUCCGGAAGUAAGAGGCGCUUAUGGCUUCCCAUUGACCACAGAGGCCACUGCACCAGGAAGCAUGAAGUGUCUUACCAGGAAGCAGGCGGAUGACCAGCCAUUGAAAAAAUCACAGAAAAAGAAACAGAAAAAGAUGGUGACCCUAGAUGACAGUGACUUGUUUGACACUGGACUCAACAUUUUUAAUGAACUGACUAGCUUGUCCCCUGCUCCUUCCUCAACUUUAGUAGACGUCACAGGCAGAGAUGGAGAGGACAACCCAGAGACAAAGACACAGAAUAGUGGUUUCAGGUCUGACUCUGUGCCUCAGCCUCCCAGGACACCAGCAGAGAAGAAGUGUUCUGCACUUGUUUACCACUGUUUAAAUUCUCUCACUGAGUUCAUGGAGAACAUGUCCUUCUUAGAUGCCCUUUUAACAGAUUCAGGGGAACAGAAUGAAUUGGGUAAAAAUGCCUUUCACUGGACAAGUGGAAAGGUUAAAAGUGGACUUUGUGAUGAGUUUAGUCUUGAGAGUAGAGAUGGGUGUGCUCCUCGUAGUGCUAAAGAGGUAAAAGCAACCGCAGAAGCUUUCAGCUUUACUAAAUGCUCUUCUACCAUUUCAAAAGCCCUGGAGUCCUUGAAUUCGUGCAAGCAAUUAGGAAGAGAUCCAACCAGUGAGCUCACUUUCUGUGUUUCACAAAGGUGCAGUGAUACAUGCUUCCGCCAGUCGGCAGCCGAUCUAGACGCUGCUGACAAGAGGAUAGCCGUCAUUAAAAGUGUGUUUUCUAGUCGGUCUCUUCUGAACCUGGGUAAUAAGCAAGCUAGUAUAAUAGACUACCUGCCAACUCUCCGGAACAUUUGUCGGAUAGAGAAGCUAAAACAACAGGGGAAAAAUAAAAGAAGGUUUCUCCACUAUUUUGAUGGCAUUCAUCUGGAUAUUCCUGAAAAGACUGUAACUACUUUGGCAGCUGACUUCCCUUGAUGCUCCCUGUCAUCAGUGGCUUGUACAGUUUAUGUGGUCAUUAUGACAUACUUUCAAUUAUGUUAACUUUAAAGAAAAGCUUAUUUCUCUUAAUGUAAAUUAUAAAAGACUUUGUAUUUUUGUGGUUCAAGUAUUUAAAAUGAAAAAUUUUUAGUCACAAGCUGUAUAUGUGAUUGUGGCAUAUUUUUUCUGAAUGUGUGGGGUUAUGUUUUUGCUUUGUUGGUAUGCCUUCUGUAUGUGUGAGCUGUUUGUCGAAGGUAGUGUUCCCUGAGAGAUUUCUCAGACUGUCUCAGAGCUGAGCUCUCCUGUCAUUUCCCUGUUCUCUUCCU